AAAAUUUAAUGGCAGCCCUGCUCAUCUUUCGUCAACGAUCAGCGGCCGGCAAGAAGUGAAACAUUUUUUUUGCGGUUCAGCUGGUUCUUGUUAAUUCGCGUUAAUUCUGUUUGAAAAUUGUUUCGAUGACUAUAAUUGCAACUUAAAAGUAAAAACCUUAAGAAUUCUUUCUUCAAAAUGUCAACCAUUUCAAAGUUGGAAAUCCGAGGAAUCCGAAGCUUCGGCGUCGAAAGCGGAGAUGUUCAGAAAAUCAAGUUCCAAUCCCCCCUGACAUUGAUUGUUGGCCAGAAUGGUUGUGGCAAAACCACUAUCAUCGAGUGCUUGAAAUAUGGUCUAACCGGCGAAGUUCCGCCUGGCACUGACCGUGGCAAGGCAUUCGUUCAUGAUCCGAAGAUUUUCAGCACCGUUGAAAGCAUGGGUCAGGUCAAGCUAAUGGUAACGGAUUUCACCGGAAAUCGUGUCACGGCGACGCGGUCGAUGAAGGUUUCCCAGAAAGGCCGGGGCCAACAACCCAAGUUUGAAACGCUUGAUUCAGUUGUUACGAUGGAGAAUGUUGCCACCGGUGAAAAGACCACUCUUUCCCGGCCUCGAGCUGCAGAUAUCAAUAACGAGAUGUGCGACGCCAUGGGAGUAUCGAAAGCUAUCAUUAACAACGUCAUUUUCUGUCACCAAGAAGACUCGAAUUGGCCCCUGGAGGAACCGAAAGAAUUGAAGAAAAAGUUCGAUGCCAUCUUCGGGACGACAGAAUACAACAGAGUGAUCGAGAAGCUAAUCAAGAUAUCCAAGGAAUACAAUGAUCGACAAAAGGAGAAAGCAGGAGACUUGAAGCUACUGGAAAAUAUAAAAAGCCAGGCGGAGGUGAAACACCUUCAGCUCCAGAAGGUUGACAAAGCAGGCAGGACAAACUCGCUGUAGUGGAUAGUCUGGAGAAUUCGUUGAAGCCAAUCUAUGAGCGUCUGGAUCAGAUUGCUAAAAUUGAGAGAGAUUUUU